AUGUCGGCAGGACACUUAUCGAAUGUUCUUCGCAUGGUGCUAUCGAUGAUAUCGAUGGUGAAGUUGAACAGGAAGGCCCACUGCCCAUUGUCUCCAGUCAUCACUACAGACGCAUUUUGCGAAGGAAUCCACAUCGCUAAGUUUCUUCCUGGUCCGUACUCCAACAUUAGUAGGCACUCGUUGGCGGGAUUUCGUUCUGCGUAUUCCAAGCCUGCCAUCUCGAUUUUCGGUGGAAGAGGCAUGCGUGUAACAUUUCUCCACCCUGACUUGGGUAUUGGCGGGGCAGAACGACUUAUAGUGGAUGCGGCUGUGGCUCUACAGCAGAAGGGGCAUCAAGUCAAAGUUGUAACUAGUCAGUUCGAUUCAUCCCACGCCUUCAAGGAGACAGAGCAGCUUGAUAUCACUGUUAUUCAGUGGUUUCCUCGUGUUAUUUUUGGAUGUAUGUGGGCCCUGUGCGCAUACAUCAGGAUGUGCCUCGCAGCAAUUUAUGUGUGGAUGUUCGUCCCGAGUGAUGUCAUCAUUUGCGACCAGGUAUCUGCCGCGCUCAUCGUUCUGCGUCUUUUAUCACGUGCUCGACUUGUUUUCUACUGUCAUUUCCCUGACAUGUUGCUUACAACAAGAUCCACAGCUGCGAAAUCGUUCUACAGGUACUUCAUCGACUCAAUCGAAGAAUUUUCUACUGGUCUUGCUGAUGUGAUAUGUGUGAAUAGUUUUUUCACUGCUUCUGUGUUCAAGCAAACAUUCAAAUCACUCCAAGACCGACAACUCAUUGUGCUCUACCCCACUAUUAACACGGACUUCUUCGAUAACACAAAAGAGUGCCCUAUACCUGAGAUCCCAUCAACUGCAGAGUAUUUGUUCACUUCAGUCAAUCGUUUCGAAGUAAAGAAGAACGUGAAACUUGCUGUUGAAGCAUUUAGUGUACUCCGCACGUUACUGUCGGAGGAUGAAUUUUCUAAAUGCCAGCUGGUUUUAGCAGGAGGAUACGAUCGAUUGAAUACUGAAAAUAAAGUUUAUUUCGAAGAGUUGGUCGAAUAUGUGAAGACGCUUUCGUUACCUCAGGAACAGGUGACAUUCCUGCGUUCCCCUUCUGACGAAGAGAAGAUUACUUUGCUUCGGCGAAGUUGCGCUGUUUUAUAUACUCCACAUAAGGAACAUUUUGGUAUUGUGCCUGUUGAAGCGAUGUACGUGGGGACACCUGUGAUCGCCGUUAAUUCAGGAGGUCCUAAGGAGUCCGUAGUUCAUCUCGAAACCGGAUUACUCGCGGACCAAACACCAGAAGCGUUUGCUGAGCACAUGGCAACGUUAGUGCGUGAUGGAGGUCUAAGGAAAAAUCUCAGUGAAAUGGGUCCAAAGCGAGUACGGGAGUUGUUUGCUUUUGAAGCCUUUUCUUCUCGACUGGAUCAUGUGAUAAGAGGAGAGUUGCGUCCUCUAUGGAGUCAAGGACAUUAA